AUGGGGCUGUACAAGGACAUGUCCAAUCAAAACUUUUCCAUGGACAGCUUCCAGACCGUUCGGGCUUACUGGAAGUGUACUGAGAGCGAUUUCCAGCAACUGCAACAUUUUGCUUUGCUGGCGCUGGGACCAGGUCGGAUCGCGCCGGGAAAGACGCAUGCGCCGUGGGAGCUCACGGUUCCGCCGAGCGCCAGUCGUUUCCGUGUUGUCCUGCGUCAGCGGGUCGGGGAGAUGUUUCGGACCGUGGGCAGCUGGUUCGGGCUAGAGGAGGCGCCGCAGAGCGGCCCCGUAGAGGGAUCGGAGAGCGAAGACGCGGCCCCGGAGGUGACGGGUCAGGUCAAGGGGCUAGGCGAUUAUCUGUUCAGUUUUGCCACUGCUGCUACAAAAAAGAUAUCUGAAUCAGUGGUUGAGACUGCACAAACUAUAAAGAAAUCUGUGGAAGAAGGAAAUAUUGAUGGUAUGAUUGACAAGACUAUCAUUGGGGAUUUCCAAAAAGAGCAAGACAAGUUUGUGCAAGAAAAGCUUGUAAAAAAAACAGAUGCUGCAGUACCUCCUUGGGUUGGAUACAGUGAGGAAGAAACUAUUCAACAGCAAAUCUUAGCAUUGUCAGCAGAGAGGAGAAAUUUUCUGCGAGACCCUCCAGCAGGAGUCCAAUUUAAUUUUGACUUUGAUCAGAUGUAUCCGGUUGCUGCUGUAAUGCUUCAGGAAGAUGAACUCCUAAACAGAAUGCGAUUUGAUCUUGUUCCAAAGUUAGUGAAGGAAGAAGUAUUUUGGAGAAACUACUUUUACAGAGUGUCACUUAUCAAACAAUCAGCACAGCUUACCGCUUUAGCUGCUCAACAACAGGCAGUUGACCAAGAGGACAGAGAAGACAGCAAUACAGAUGAUCCCCAUUUGACAGAAACAAUACGGUCAAAAACACCACCAUUUCCUAUCAAAACUCAGACAGAAUCUCCAGAGGAGGAGGAAGAAAUUUCUACAAGUCCAGGUGCUACAGAAUUUAUUAGUGAUGCAUAUGAUGGGUGCAAUUUAAACCAAGAGGAUCUACGGAAUGAAAUUAAGCAGUUGGUGUUAGAUAAGAAGGAUGGUGAUUCAAAAGAGACACCUGCUGACUGGGAAGAGGAACUGCAGAAGGAACUUCAAGAGGAACUUCAAGAUUAUGAGGUGGUAGCUGAUUCAGGAAAAACAGAUGAACAUUGGGAGAAGGAGAUAGAAGAACUUUUGCAAUCUAAUGGUUGAAUUUGGACAGUGCUACACUCCAGUACUCUCACUGGUACAAAUCUUGACAGGACUGGUAUAAUUUAGAAUUUUCUUCACACAAAGUCAUCUGAGAAGAUAACUUUUACACUAAUUUGUGGAAAUCAUUAUGAGUAAAAUGGGACUUGUCGUAUGAUUCUCCAUAAUCCAGAGUGAUCUACUUUUUUAUAUUCUCAAGGCAGAUGAGAAAGGUUGAAUUUCUAAUUAGAGAAGUUUAUGCAUUCUGUGUUUAUACCAACCAUUAAUACCACUUAAUGCAUUCCAUGCAGGUGUAAUAGUAACCUGUAGCUAAAUAUAAAAUAUCUGCCAAGUAAAAUUAAGUAUGCAUAGGGUUUCAUUAUUUCUCUUAUUUCAGUCCUAAUUAGAUGAUAAAAGUUAGAUAACUUCCUUAACAAAUUAGUUAUGGACUUGAUUUAAUUCAACUGUACUCAUUACAAGCAACUGUUUGGUCUUAAGUUUUUUUUUGCAGAAUUAAAUCAGACUAUUUCCAAAAUAAUCAAAAUUGACUGCUUUGCAUAUGGAUUAAUAAAAUGAAACAGAUUUCAGUUUUUAUGGAAUAAAACUUGAUAAACAGGUAUAUUUCCAUAAUGCUUAUGUUUAUUAAAUAGCAAUCCCGAUUCUUCGGGGAUUUGUUUUUUGGUUGAGAAUUGGGUUUGGACAUAAAUUUUAAAACUUCAUAAAACAUUGCAGAAGUUUGCGUAAUUAUAUGUAAUUACAUUUUGUCAAGAAAUAUUAGUCACCAGACUUCAAAUGCUGGAAAUGUAGAUAUAUUUAUAUUUUGCUUUGGCAUUUAUAUUUUUGUGAAAUAAGUCAAAUCCUGUAUUCAUGUUGAUUCUGAAAACUGUUAAUGAUUAAAACAUUUAUGCUCAUUUUAAUAGUUCUCUACUCCCAAGGUUUAUGCCUUCAGUGCAUAACACUGAACAUGCACAUUCGAACAUCAAGUCUACAGCAACAAUUUAUUACCAUUUUCUGCAUUGAACUCCCACCUUUCUGAUGAACUCUAGAAUUGAAGAGAUUUAAAGUAGGUAAAUGACUUGUUAUCACUCAGAGAUCGUAUCUGCAUUGUCUUUCAGCCUGGUUUGUAUAUUGAAUAACUAGGUCUUUUGUGUUUCAGUAAAAUGCAUUUUUAGUUUCAUCACAACACUUUAAGGCUUUAAUAAAAGCUUAAUUUACUUACAAGUUGUACAAAGUUUUACUCCCAAGCUAAGUGGAGGCUUAAUAAUUGGUUUUCUUUUAUUUCUUGCAUUUCAUUAUGAUAAUAACAAAUACGGACAAUGUAGUUCUAAGUGCUUUACAAUGGGAUAAAAUGCAAACAUGAAAAUAAAAGAAAAUUCUGAAGAAAUAUAUUUGAAAUAAGUCCAUCAAUAUGCAAAUAACAUGUUAAAUUUGCCAGUCCAGUGAAUUUCAGUUAACUGGGCCAUCAGUUAAUCGGGACAGCUACUUAUUUGAAACAACACUUAAAGAACAAAAGCUAAUUGAAAAAGUAGCUGGGAUACUCUUCAUUUAAUUGGGACCGGAGACUGUUGCCAGUUUCUAACUAGCAUCAGUCACGUGCAUUUAUUGGCCGUUAGACAUAGAAACAUAGAAAACAGGUGCAGGAGUAGGCCAUUCGGCCCUUCGAGCCUGCACCGCCAUUUAUUAUGAUCAUGGCUGAUCAUCCAACUGGAAACCCUGCACCAGCCUUCCCUCCAUACCCCCUGAUCCCCGUAGCCACAAGGGCCAUAUCUAACUCCCUCUUAAAUAUAGCCAAUGAACUGGCCUCAACUGUUUCCUGUGGCAGAGAAUUCCACAGAUUCACCACUCUCUGUGUGAAGAAGUUUUUCCUAAUCUCAGUCCUAAAAGGCUUCCCCCUUAUCCUCAAACUGUGACCCCUUGUUCUGGACUUCCCCAAUAUCGGGAACAAUCUUCUUGCAUCUAGCCUGUCCAAUCCCUUUAGGAUUUUAUACGUUUCAAUCAGAUCCCCCCUCAAUCUUCUAAAUUCCAACGAGUACAAGCCUAGUUCAUCCAGUCUUUCUUCUUAUGAAAGUCCUGCCAUCCCAGGAAUCAAUCUGGUGAACAUUCUUUGUACUCCCUCUAUGGCAAGGAUGUCUUUCCUCAGAUUAGGGGACCAAAACUGCGCACAAUACUCCAGGUGUGGUCUCAGCAAGGCCUUGUACAACUGCAGUAGUACCUCCCUGCUCCUGUACUCGAAUCCUCUCACGAUAAAUGCCAGCAUACCAUUUGCCUUUUUCACCGCCUGCUGUACCUGCAUGCCCACUUUCAAUGACUGGUGUAUAAUGACACCCAGGUCUCGUUGCACCUCCCCUUUUCCUAAUCGGCCACCAUUCAGAUAAUAAUCUGUUUUCCUAUUUUUGCCACCAAAGUGGAUAACUUCACAUUUAUCCACAUUAAAUUGCAUCUGCCAUGAAUUUACCCACUCACCCAACCUAUCCAAGUCACCCUGCAUCCUCUUAGCAUCCUCCUCACAGCUAACACUGCCACCCAGCUUCGUGUCAUCUGCAAACUUGGAGAUGCUGCAUUUAAUUCCCUCAUCCAAGUCAUUAAUAUAUAUUGUAAACAACUGGGGUCCCAGCACUGAGCCUUGCGGUACCCCACUAGUCACUGCCUGCCAUUCUGAAAAGGUCCCGUUUAUUCCCACUCUUUGCUUCCUGUCUGCUAACCAAUUCCAAAUCCACAUCAAUACCUUACCCCCAAUACUGUGUGCUUUAAGUUUGCACACUAAUCUCCUGUGUGGGACCUUGUCAAAAGCCUUUUGAAAAUCCAAAUAUACCACAUCCACUGGUUCUCCCCUAUCCACUCUACUAGUUACAUCCUCAAAAAAUUCUAUGAGAUUCGUCAGGCAUGAUUUUCCUUUCACAAAUCCAUGCUUUGUCCGAUGAUUUCACCGCUUUCCAAAUGUGCUGUUAUCACAUCUUUGAUAACUGACUCCAGCAGUUUCCCCACCACCAACGUUAGGCUAACCGGUCUAUAAUUCCCCGGUUUCUCUCUCCCUCCUUUUUUAAAAAGUGAGGUUACAUUAGCCACCCUCCAAUCCUCAGGAACUAGUCCAGAAUCUAACGAGUUUUGAAAAAUUAUCACUAAUGCAUCCACUAUUUCUUGGGCUACUUCCUUAAGCACUCUGGGAUGCAGACCAUCUGGCCCUGGGGAUUUAUCUGCCUUCAAUCCCUUCAAUUUACCUAACACCACUUCCCUACUAACAUGUAUUUCGCUCAGUUCCUCCAUCUCACUGGACCCUCUGUCCCCUACUAUUUCGGGAAGAUUAUUUAUGUCCUCCUUAGUGAAGACAGAACCAAAGUAGUUAUUCAAUUGGUCUGCCAUGUCCUUGCUCCCCAUAAUCAAUUCACCUGUUUCUGUGUGUAGGGGACCUACAUUUGUCUUUACCAGUCUUUUCCUUUUUACAUAUCUAUAAAAGCUUUUACAGUCAGUUUUUAUGUUCCCUGCCAGUUUUCUCUCAUAAUCUUUUUUCCCCUUCCUAAUUAAGCCCUUUGUCCUCCUCUGCUGAACUCUGAAUUUCUCCCAGUCCUCAGGUGAGCCUCUUUUUCUGGCUAAUUUGUAUGCUUCUUCUUUGGAAUUGAUACUAUCCCUAAUUUGUCUUGUCAGCCACGGGUGCACUACCU